UUCAACAGAAUGGAGUCCGACACUGUUCCUACACGGCAUCCAGGAAAAAUCUGUAUGUUAACAAAAACACAAAGGUUAUCUGUCAGGGUUUUACAGGCAAACAGGGCACCUUUCACAGCCAGCAGGCGUUGGACUAUGGCACCAAUCUAGUUGGAGGAAUUUCUCCAGGGAAAGGGGGAAAAACUCAUCUAGGUCUGCCUGUGUUUAAUUCUGUGAAGGAGGCCAAAGAACAAACAGGUGCUUCUGCCACUGUUAUAUAUGUCCCUCCCCCGUUUGCUGCUGCUGCGAUCAAUGAAGCGAUCGAUGCAGAGAUGCCCUUAGUUGUGUGCAUUACUGAAGGUAUUCCUCAGCAGGAUAUGGUACGGGUCAAACACAGGCUGGUCCGGCAGAAUAAGACUCGGCUAGUGGGCCCAAACUGCCCUGGAGUUAUCAAUGUAAGUGACUGGGAAUGUAAAAUUGGUAUCAUGCCUGGUCACAUUCACAAGAAGGGAAGAAUUGGUAUUGUCUCAAGAUCUGGAACGCUGACAUAUGAGGCUGUCCAUCAGACAACGCAGGUUGGAUUGGGGCAGUCUUUCUGUGUUGGAAUUGGAGGUGAUCCCUUCAAUGGAACUAAUUUUAUUGACUGCCUCGAUGUCUUCCUGAAGGAUCCUCAUACUGAGGGGAUCAUAUUGAUUGGGGAAAUCGGAGGAAAUGCUGAAGAAGAUGCUGCAGCAUUUUUGAAAGAACAUAAUUCUGGCCCAAAUGCCAAGCCAGUGGUGUCAUUCAUAGCUGGUCUGACUGCUCCUCCAGGCAGGCGGAUGGGCCACGCUGGAGCAAUCAUUGCUGGAGGAAAGGGAGGAGCUAAGGAGAAGAUUGCAGCUCUUCAGAGUGCAGGUGUUGUUGUCAGCAUGUCUCCUGCUCAGCUGGGCAGCACCAUCUACAAGGAGUUUGAGAAAAGGAAAUUGCUCUAAGAGAAGACACUUUGGAAUAGUCUCCAGAACAGCAGUGCAGCACCUGGCCUCCGCUUACCUUUUGUCUGCUAAUCUUCAGUUGCCCAAAUGACUGACACUGGUCAAAAAAUUUGACUUGGAAGCCAUAAACCUCCUGGCUAAACCUGUUUUGAUGUCUCCUUGUUUCAGACACUAUCACCCCAUUGUAAAUCACAGCAAAUUAAUAAAUCUACUACUAAAUCUGAUUCAUCUUUUGAAUUCCUGAGGCAGAACCAUUUCUUCAGUCAUUGUAAACAAAAUCUUUUGUAACUUAAGCACUGCCCAUUUUUAAGGUAAAGUUGCUUGUAGAGAUGCUUUUAAGGAACAAGGCACUGACUUUAUACACAUACCACGGUUUGCUUUGUUUUAAAGAAAUCCAGUCCUACUCAUUUGUUGCUGGCAGGUGUGUUUGAACAAUAGGCCAAAGUUUCCGUCCAUUAAACCAAAGCUGCUGGAUCUGAAGGGAUUGCUUGUUGAUCCACGUAGCUGGAUAUGCCUGAGAUCCAGACUUUCCCUUCAAGGCUGAUGAGCCAUGCACAGUGCAGUCCUCUACUGGCAAGGAAUUCUGUUUGUUGUGUAUAGAGAUGGAAUUGUUAUUCACAAAAAUUAAUCGAACUUCACAUGGCAAAAUAUAUAUUCAAAAUUGUAACUAUGAAGGUGAUUUGGUCUUUAGCUUAAUUACCUUAAUUUCCACUUUAUCUUAACUAGGGUUGCUUUGCUUGUGUUCUGAAAUCCUAGUAACAAUGGGAUAUAGUGGAGGAGAAUUAUUAUUCUCUAGAAAAGAUAACUUGUUAACCACUCCCAGCACUGUAAAGGAAAGCCCUUUUUUCUUACUGUGGAAAGAGCCCAAGUAUUGUGCCUGUGUAUGAAUCUUACAAGUUUUAUCAAGAUGGACUAAACCCAAGAUUGCUUUCUUUAUGUAGAGGACUGAAAGUUCAUGUAACCUGGCACUUGUCUAGAGCUAACCUUGUGUUCCAUAAAGGUGCUGUUAC